AUGCCCUCUAUGAAUCAUCUGAAAUCUUACAUUCAACGCCAGCAAUGUAAAAAGGACACCCGGAAGCAAAAGCUCUUAUAUUCGAGUGUUCCCACUAUUUCCGAAUUCUCUGUCCCUACCAAAUGCCUAACCAUCCCAUCCCUGCCAUCCUGCAUGUUGGCCCUACGCACCCCAUUCGUUCACCACCUAUCCACGUUUUCGAAUGCCACUACCACUUGGUGGCUUGCUCAGACCGGGAAACUGACCGUCAAUGCUGCUAUUUACCUGGGCCCGGGCAUCCAUCUAGAUUUGGAGCUGAAGCUGGGCCGGGAAAUGCCGGCUAUUGGAUUUGGUUUCCGGGCACAUUUGAGGAGAAGGGUGAUGUCUAUAAGUUUGGAGGUGGAUAUCGAUGGUUGA